AAUCCACCAGCAGCAACCGGUUUGUCACAUGACUAGCGUACAGCUCUGCCUGCCUGUGUGUGUGUGUCUCUCUCUCUGGCUUUUCUUUUUUUCUUCUUUUCUUUUUUUUUAUUUCCGCGUUCACCGAGGGAGCGCUGGGGCUGAAUGAGUUUUCCCGGCCGCUGUGUGUCUCUACCUUUCACGCCGCGAAACUGCGUCGCCGUGCGGGGAUCUGUCGGGCGGGGGGAAACUCACGCAAUCGCAUCGCCUGGACCCACGCUGCAGCAGGACCAUGCUCACGCGGGUGAAAUCGGCGGUGGCCAAUUUUAUGGGAGGUAUGAUGGCUGGUGGGUCCAACGGUGACCAUCAGGGCGGCUCGGAUCUGCCGCUGAAAUACCCGUACUGCAGACCGGAGUUCCUGGGACUGUCGCCGGACGAGAUAGAGUGCUCGGCGGAUCACAUUGCGAGACCGAUCCUCAUACUGAAGGAGACCAAACGGCUGCCUUGGUCCACCGGCUACGCAGAGGUGAUCAAUGCAGGAAAGAGCACGUUAAAUGAGGACCAGGCCUGCUGCGAGGUGCUGGUGGUCAAAAGGAGACCUGCAGGAUGCUCUACGCCCAACCGGACCCCCAUGACCCGCAGGAGGUCUUCCCUGCCCAAUGGAGAGGGUUUGGGCCUCCGGGAGAAUCCGGACAGCUCUGAAGAGCUCACCUUCAACUACUGGGCGCUGUUUGACGGCCACGCCGGCUCCGGUGCGGCCGUAGUCGCCUCCCGCCUUCUGCACCACCACAUCGCUCUGCACCUUCAGGAGGUGCUGGAGAUCAUCUGCACUCCCAACCUGCUGCCGCCCACAUGUCUCGGAGAGGAGCCCGUCAAUCACCACCUCACCCCGACGUCCCAGCGCGCCCUCACCAGGGCCGCCUCGCUCCGCGGCGCCGCAGGGGCCCCGGGCUCACCCAGCACGCCGCCCACGCGCUUCUUUACUGAGAAGAAAGUUUCACACGAGAGCCUGGUGGUCGGCGCCAUCGAGAACGCUUUCAAAGACAUGGAUGUGCAGAUAGAGAAGGAGAAGGCAGUCUACAACAUCUCAGGCGGCUGCACCGCUCUGGUGGUGGUCUAUCUGCUCGGGAAGAUCUACGUUGGCAACGCUGGGGACAGCAGAGCUAUCAUUAUCCGUGCAGGGGAAGUCAUCCCCAUGUCAGCGGAGUUCACACCGGAGUCAGAGAGACAGCGGCUGCAGUUCCUGGCCUACAUGCAGCCUCAGUUAUUAGGGAACGAGUUUACACAUCUGGAAUUCCCGAGGAGAGUGCAGAGAAAGGAAGUGGGGAAAAGGAUGCUGUACCGUGACUUCACCAUGUCGGGAUGGGCGUAUAAAACCAUCGAGGACGAUGACCUAAAGUUUCCCCUGAUCUACGGCGAAGGGAAGAAGGCUCGUGUGUUGGCAACCAUCGGGGUCACCAGAGGUCUCGGGGACCACAAUCUCAAAGUGCACGACUCGAACAUCUACAUAAAGCCAUUCCUGUCCUGCUGCCCAGAGGUUAAAGUCUACCCGUUGGCGCAGAGUGAGCAUGGAGCCGAUGACGUCCUUGUGCUGGGAACCGACGGUCUGUGGGACGUCCUCUCUAACCAGGAAGUAGCCGAAUCUGUCACCUGUUUCCUGGCGAACUGUGACCCCGACGACCAGCACAGGUACACAAUGGCAGCUCAAGACCUCAUAAUGAAAGCGCGAGGGGUGCUGAAGGACCGAGGCUGGAGGAUAUCCAAAGACAGAUUAGGCUCUGGAGACGACAUCUCUGUCUACAUCAUUCCCCUCAUGUACGGCAACAAGCAGAACUAACGCUAAGCUACAACCACCACCGAAACAUAAACCCUGCCUUGACAGUCCCCCUCAUCCCCUUGUGCUCUUUUUUUUUUUUUUUAAGUGCUUGAAAGUGGACUUUCUCCCCUGCAAAGGGAUCCAAGAUGUCUCCCACAGAAAUGGAAUUUCUGUCUGCCCUUGAUCAUCCUCAAUUAGGGUGAUUUUUGUCUGUUUUUAUAGAAAAGAAACAUGAAAAGAGCCGUUGAAGGGUUGAACUACUAAUUUUUUUUUUUUUUUAAUCUCGAGAAAGCCAUCACAAACCCUGUUGUGGGAAAAUGAGCAUAGAUUCUAAUAGACGAGAUGGUGAUAGGCAUCUCAGGAUUACUAGUACUAACUAAUGCACAAUAUUUAUAAAUGUGAAAAUGUAAAUAGUCCAAGCCGUAAAACAUUUGAUAAGUGUAUUUGGUUGUACAGUGUAAAAAAAAACCUACAAAAAUAACCUAAAGACUGAUGUCCUGAAAAUAUGAAUCAUGCCUCCUCUGUUCCAUGUAGAGCUUUUAAAUUAGCCACGUUCUGCAAUUGUUAGUCUGUUGUCCAAAGGAAAAAAACUUCUUUAGACAGUAUGUCAGCUUGUUCUCCUGAUGCUGCAGUUGUUAUUUUUAUUCAUGUGCACUCUCUGCAUUAUAACACAGUUCUGAAAGAAUUAAAGAAAACCUUUGAAAAAAAGAAUACACUAACAGGAUUCGGGUGUCAGCUAAAUGUGACCCCGCUCUUGUCAUAUUUUAUUAAAUCCUAUUACAUUGAGAUUUAAGAAGGAAAAAAAACAAAAGAAGUCUUUCUGUUGCACUCACUCACCAUCAGCCAUCUACCUCAUGAUUUUCUUCCUUUUAUUGUAUUACGCAUCGUCAUUGUCGUCUCUGAGUGGCUGUUUGCAAGCUGCAUCAGGUGCAUCAUCAGCUGCUUCCUGUGCCAUUAUUCACUUACAGUGUCAUGCUUUGCUCCUGUUCCUGCAAGAUUCAUUAAAAGGUUUCCAGAAAAGAACUGAAGGAGGAAAAAAAAGCCCCACCGGGCACUAUGUCGUGGGUAUAGUGUUGUACAAAAUAUAUAUUUUUUUAUAUGUAUUAUGCUGGGGAAAAAAACCCUUAGUCAUGCACUGAUGUUUACCUUUUGUCAGUAUCAGUUGGAUGUAUUAUCCCUAUUAAGAUUAAUCCAUCCUUAUGAAUAGCAGGUGCCUCUAACAAAGAGAAACGCUCUGAUUUUUAAUGUGUCACUAAAGAGGAAGUAUAAAUAAGACAAUGACAUAACCGACACUUACCUUAGGUGUAUUUACAAUCAAUAUUGUUCCCCGAGUCAGUGGUUUUCACACAUUUUAGUUUAGUUUUCAGCUUCUACUUCUAAUGUGCGCCCAUUAUUGUAUCUUAACUGCUGUCCGAGUGGCUGAAGCUGGUGAAACAUGGAACAGAGUAACUUAAUUUAAGUGUAUAUAAAUGUAAAUAAUGUUUUCUGUGAAUUCUUCUCCUCCUUUCUUUAACUGUAAGUGAUGUACAUCUGACUGAAACAUAAGAUGUAAUUUGUACUGUUUUGGAAACCAAGGAACGGUGUAAUAAUGGUUUUAAUGCUCACUUUUCUGCUCUAAUAAUAAAAAUUAACCUUUUUUUCUA